AAUAUUUGAACAAUGGAUUUGAAAAAAACAACCCUCAUCCUUGGCCUUUUGGCUAUGGUUCUUUUGAUUUCCUUUGAGGUCUCAGCUAGAGACUUAACUGAGACUUCCUCUAAUACCGAAAAGGAGGUUGCUGAACAAAAAAAUGAAGUAAAUGAUGUCAAAUAUGGUGGUGGUAAUUACGGCAAUGGUGGUGGUAAUUACGGACAAGGCGGUGGUAAUUAUGGCAAUGGUGGUGGUAAUUACGGUCACGGCGGUGGUAAUUAUGGCAAUGGUGGUGGUAAUUACGGUCACGGCGGUGGUAAUUACGGCAAUGGUGGUGGCAAUUAUGGUCACGGCGGUGGUAAUUAUGGACACGGUGGUGGUAAUUACGGAAAUGGUGGGCACGGUGGACAUGGAGGAGGAUAUUGUGGAAAUGGUUGUUGUGGUGGUUACUAUUCUGGGAGUUGCAGAAGGUGUUGCUCAUAUGUUGGUGAAGCUAUUGAUGUCAACACUCUUAACUGAUCAACAUCAUCAUCAUUAUGCACUUUCUUACUACUUUCAUAAAAUAAAAUUUCAUCAAUAAAGAAUGUUGAGUAAGAGAGGUAUAAAUAGAUAGACAACAAUCUUUGUUGCUGUGAUCUAUGUUGCCACUAUAUGUGUAACUCGUGUAUUGUAUAAAUACAUCUUUAUGUGUAUUAUAUUUCAAAUAUCAUCCUCAUUAUUUCCUUUUAUA